AUGUCGGACUCGGCCGCGCGCCAGUGGACGCUGGUGCUCGUGCUGACCGCGCUCUUCCUCUCCGUCGUCGUGCUGGCCCAGAUCGUCACCCGCUUCGGCGCCGCCUACUGGGCUGCUCCCCGUGAGAUGACCGCCCUGCUCGACUCGGCCGAUUCAUCGCUGCUGGAGAACGAGAGCUACGACCGCGACGUCGCCCGUGUUCCGCGCCUCGACGACCGCAUUCGCCUCAGCCGUCUGCUGCGCGAAAUCCAGCGAGCCGGCGACGACCUGCGCGAAGACCUCAACGCCGUCCUGGUCAACCAGCCAGCCGAACAGCAAAACCGGCAGCUGGACUCUCAGCUCUCCUUUUCUUCGCCAUCCUAUCCGUCUGCUGCUGCUGGACUCGCUUCUCGUCGUCGCCAAAAUGGUGGCCUCCAGCGUCGCUCCUCGUCACCCUCCUCGUCUUCGCCACCGUCGUCACCUUCACCCCCUUCCCGUCUCGCCACUUCUGCUCGCAUCCUCUGGGCAGCCAGACGUGUCCGCCUCGAGGAACGGCUGCGUCGUCUCGACCUUCUCCGCAUGCGCUUUCUCGUCGUCUAUAUGAGCAUCGUCGCCGCUUCUGCUGCUGCUGCCGCUGACAAGGUCGAAAAGAGCGCUGCCUUCUCCAGCAGUCCGCCACCUUCGUCUGCCGCCUCUUCCGUCAAUACGUCCUCGCUUCCUUCGUCACCUCACAACCUUGAAAAAAUGGUCACCCUCGGUGCCAUCGAUGACCGUCUUGCUGCUUUUCGUCAUUCCGCCCUCGACUACUCUUAUGCUGCCCACAUGGCCGCCUGGGUUCCCCCACAGCCUCCACAUAUUUCGCACCUUUCACUACCUCCACCGCCUCCACCUCCUCCACCUCCACCACCACUACCACCUCCGCCUUCGUCCCCGUCUGAUCCGGGUCAACCGCCUCCAGUGCCACGCACGCCUGUCCGUCAGAGCCACCUCCUUCACAACUCGCCGCCUGCCCUACCCUCUGACAUUCUCGAGAGUAUUCGCCAGAAACCGGCGCUGCGCCGCGUCUCCACCUUGCCUCCGGCCACCGCCUCCUCGCACGAGAACCGCUUUCGCACCGGUUGGAUGGGUGUCGUCCAGGAGCUGCAGCGAUCUCCUCUGCUGCACAAGCGUCACACCUCUGUCGAGACAUCCACUGCUGCCGCCCAGAGGUGA